AUGUCUUUUUCUCGCAGCUUUCUCAGCGACUUCCACCCUCUCUUCCGCCUUGUCGAAGACCCUCAGUCUUCCUACGGCUCUCCUUCCCAGAGGUCGUCUCUUCAGCAGCGUCAGGCUGUAGUUGACGUCUCAGAUGAGGAAAAAGAGUACGUUGUGAGAGCUGAGCUCCCUGGGGUCCAGAAGAAAGACGUGGACGUCCAUAUUGGCAAUGAUGGCCGUUCUCUGACCAUUGAAGGCCAUGUUCAUCAUACUCAUAAGCCCACACAAGAUACCUCUUCUACUACCCAAAAGGCCGAGGCUAAUGAGCAGUCUAAGGAUUCUGAGCAACCAGCCGAGACAUAUGAUUACCGUUCAACCUUCUCUCGAACUGUCUGGUUCCCUCAUGCAGUCGACGGCAACAAUACUCGCGCCAAUCUGGCUGAUGGUAUCCUAACCUUGAAUCUACCUAAGCGCAUGGAAUCAGGCAGGCAGAAGAUCAAUCUCUUCUAUUUUUCUCUUCCCGAUGUAUCUAGUUUAUCAGAAGGCAUUAAGCUCCACUCAGCCAUCUGGCGCAACGAGCUCCAAAUAGACCGAGAACUUAUGGGUGCGACUGCCUCUCUGACUUCGAAAUCGGUUUCCAAACCUCCGACCUGUAUUGUACCUUCCCACCAAAAUGCCAACAUCUCGGAUACUUCUGCUGUACAUGCGGCCUUCAAGAAAUGCGGAAAGGGCGGGCGGAUCAUUUUCUCAGAGAACACUAAUUAUACCUUACGCGAAUUGACGAUAAUGUCACCCUGCAUAGAUUGUACGGUUCAACUUGAAGGCACCAUCCAAAUGGCCGACAAUAUUACGUAUUGGCUGAAGAAUACAACUAACUCACCAAACGUUACUGACCAGACUUAUCCUCACCUGGUAUAUUACCCUUUCCAGGACACCGUUGCAUAUCUAAUACUCAAAGAUUGGUCACACUCUACCCUCAUUUCAAAAACAGGAAAAGGCCUCAUUGAUGGACUUGGUCAACUAUGGUGGGAUGCCGCAGCUGGGCAACAGGUUUUAUUCCCUAAAACUUUGCGCCGACCGGUUCUAAUUGCCCUGGAUGGAGCAAAUAACGUCACUGUAGACAACAUAGCGAUGAAGAACCCCGCGAUGUGGUUUAACUGGGUGAUCGAUAGCAAAAAUGUUCUCUACAAAAAUAUCCGAUUAUCGGCGUUGUCUGCAAACAAGAACCCACCGGCGAACGCCGACGGAUGGGAUACCUAUCGGACUUCCCAUUUCGAGCUUCGAGACUCCCAUGUGGUCUCUGGAGAUGAUUGUUUCUCUUUCAAGGGCAACUCGACAUACGUUAAUAUCGAGAACGUCUAUUGCCAGAAUUCGCAUGGAAUUAGCGUCGGUAGCCUUGCACAAUACCCGGGGGUAUUGGAUAUCGUCGAGCACGUUAAAGUUAAAAACAUCACAUUCGUUGGCGAUGGUGGAAGUUCUAAUAACGGCGCGCGUAUCAAGGUUUGGUCAGGACCUGUGGGAACUGCUAUAGUUAAUGAUAUACACUAUGAGGACUUAUUGAUUGAAAACGUCACAAAUCCUCUGAUGGUAGACUCAUGCUACUUUAGCUCUGCUUAUUGUGCAACUGGAAAGCCUAUAGCAAGCAUAACCAAUGUAACAGUCACCAAUGUUACAGGCACCUCUACUGGUCCGGUUGUAUCCUCCAUUAUCUGUCCAGAAGGUUCCAUAUGCGACAUCAAGCUGAAGGAUAUCAACAUAACCCCCAGGACAGGUGCAGCUCCCAUAUAUAGGUGCUUUAGCGUCACUAGUGAGGAGCUGGGUGUGGACUGCACCUAUCCAACAGUGGUCAAUGGAACGUUCAAAUGGCCUUAG